CGGGCGGCGGGGGAGACGGAACAGAAAAUGUCAACCUGAGCUAAUGAUCAUACUUACUACAGGUAUUGUCAUUGGGCUUAGCUGCGGCUUUGGCAUCCUACUUGUCAGCUUAAGUACAAUGGUUUUCAUUCGUAGAUGGAAAAAUGACAUACAAAAGCAACUACGAAGGAAACAUUUUAGAAAGAAUCAAGGCCUUCUCCUAGAACAACUGAUAUCUUCAGAUGAAAAUGCAAGUGACAAAACAAAGAUUUUCUCUUUAGAUGAGCUCGAAAAGGCAACUAAUAACUUUGACCCCACACAUAUCCUUGGUCAUGGAGGGCAUGGUAUGGUGUACAAAGGCAUUUUAUCAGAUCAACGCGUGGUUGCAAUAAAAAGGUCUAAGGACAUUAAGGAAGGUGAGAUCAGCCAAUUUAUUAAUGAGGUAGCUAUUCUCUCCCAAAUAAAUCAUCGAAAUAUAGUAAAACUAUUUGGAUGUUGUCUUGAAACCGAGGUCCCUCUAUUGGUCUAUGACUUCAUUCCCAACGGCUCAUUAUUUGAUAUUCUACAUUCUGGUUCAAGCAACCGAUUUUCCUUGUCAUGGGAUGAUUGUCUCAGAAUUGCGGUGGAAGCUGCAGGAGCUCUCUGUUACCUCCAUUCCGCAGCUUCAGUAUCGGUCUUCCAUCGUGAUGUCAAAUCCUCCAAUAUACUUCUAGAUGCGAACUACACUGCUAAAGUAGCAGACUUUGGUGCUUCAAGAUUGGUUCCAAUUGACCAAACUCACAUUGUCACUAAUGUUCAAGGCACAUUUGGUUACCUAGAUCCAGAAUAUUACCAUACAGGGCAACUAAAUGAGAAGAGUGAUGUAUAUAGUUUUGGUGUGGUACUUGUGGAACUACUGCUCAGAAGAGAACCUAUUUUUACAACAGUGUCAGGAUCAAAGCAGAACUUGUCCAACUAUUUCCUCUGGGAGCUGAAGGCAAGGCCAAUCAAAGAGAUAGUUGCAGCUCAAGUUUGUGAGGAAGCUACCGAGGAAGAGAUAAAAAGUGUCAGUUCUCUUGCGGAAAUGUGCUUGAUGCUCCGAAGUGAAGAUAGGCCUACGAUGAAGCAAGUUGAAAUGACUUUGCAGUUCUUGCGAACAAAAAGGUUGACGUCAUCCCAUGCUGCAGCAGAAAAUGAUGAAGAGAUGCAGUCAUUACUACAUACAAGGUCUGAAGUUAGUUGUGAGUCAUUGGCUAAUAACUUGGGUGUCAGUGCUAAUCCUGAGUCUGGAAAUAGCCACAAAUGCUAUAGCUUGGAGCAAGAGUUCAUUUCAUCUAUUGGACUGCCACGCUAAGUCAGUAAGAACUGCUUUAUAUAUAAUCUGAAAUUCAACCUGAUUUGCGGGGGAAAAGGACUGCUACGCAUGUUUUUCAAUUAUAAACUGUUCUCAAAUAUGUGCAUCAACUUCUCAAUGAAUGUGGCCAACCAUUUUUAUUAGAUUAUAAUCCCAAUCAAGGAUUUAGUAUAUAUCUUAUUUACAAAGUAUCAUGCACAGUAAACCACUUCUUUCUUAUCUACAUUUUCAUAACAUGCAUGUACUUCUUUCUUGAGUAGAUUGCAUACUCUUUUAUCAUGCAUGUCACAAAAGUUUUGUGCCCAUGGGCAAAUCGAAUGAUGUAUCUAUCUAGGUGCGAAAUGGUUGGAAAAAGUAAGGGUGUAAGUGGCUAACCCGCAAAACCCACAUAUAUGCCAAAAUAAGCGACGAACCCGCUUAUUUUGACCUAUAAGUGGGUUCGCGGCUUACCAACUUACAUCCGUAGGAAAAAAGUACUAAAAAUGGUACUAUAUAAAUUCAACAUGAGCGUCAGGGUAACACUACUUAUGCAGUUCUGCAACUGCUAUCUGCAGGCUCCAUCAAGGUCUGACAUUUUCUGCUUCUAGCAAUCUUCUCAUUCUUAUCUACAUUUCCCACGAUUUGAAACAUUAUAUGAUUGCUAAAGUUGAAGAAACAAUCAACGAACACCCUCCAUUUAAUUAUUAGGUUCCAUCUGAGAUCAACUAAAUAUGCCACACAAAUGUAAAGUAGACGAACAAAUACUCAAGAGGGGAUCAACAUACCUUGAUGUCCAUACAGAAGGAAUCGUGUGCAUAUGGUGGCAUUCAAGAAAACCGAUUCGUCCUCAAUCCGGCAAUACACGAAUCUGGAUUUGCGAUCUGACAUUUGCUAGCGCUCACAAUCUCCCCGUAAUUCUCUACAGCGAAUCUAGCAGUAGAAUAAAAAUCCAAAAAAAAGAGGGG